CGUGUCUGGUUAGUGGACUGACAGCCAGCUGUGCUGUGCGGCUACAGCGACAACAACAACCUCCUGGAUUUGCUUCAUACAACCAGAUUAGUGUUGGUCUGCGACUGAUCAUAAUCGUAAACUGUAGCUAGUUCUUGAAGUGAGGAGUCGACAGCACAAAGCUACAAGCUGUUCAAUCGCUCGGUUUCCGUGCUAACUAGCUAGAAGAGCAUUCCUCCAACAUGAAUCCGUUGUGUGGCAGAUGUAAGCUAGUCGUUUACCCCACGGAAAAAGUGAAUUGUCUGGACAAGUACUGGCAUAAAGGAUGCUUCAGCUGCGAGGUCUGCAAAAUGACUCUAAACAUGAAGAAUUACAAAGGCUUUGAGAAGAAACCAUACUGCAAUGCACACUACCCCAAGACAAAAUUCACCGCUGUGGCUGACACUCCAGAGAACAUCCGCCUCAAAAAUCUUAGCCAAAUGCAGAGCCAGGUUUUGUACAAGGAGGAUUUUGAGAAGAAUAAAGGGAAAGGUUUCACUGUGGUCUCAAACACACCGGAGCUGGAGAGAUUAAAGAAAACGCAGAACCAAGUCAGCAAUAUUCCGUACCAAGAUUGCGCUGAUAAGAGAAGGGUGGGAGGAGAGGUCCCACAUCCGCAGGCGUGCAGCCCCAACCAAGCAGCUUAUCAGCAGCCUGGAGCCUCUCAGAACUUCGCCUUUGAGCCCACUCCUGAACCAGUGCAGCAAGUGCAACAGGCGGCUGCUGCCCCCCCUCCCAGUGCUGGGAAGCGGUACAGGGCAGUGUAUGACUACUCUGCUGCCGAUGAGGAUGAGGUGUCCUUCGUGGACGGAGACGUGAUCAUAGACGUGCAGCAGAUUGAUGAGGGCUGGAUGUACGGGCGUGUACAGCGCACCGGCCAGCAGGGCAUGCUGCCUGCCAACUACGUGGAGUCCAUCUGAGCAAGAGGGAGAGAAAAAGAGGGAGAGAAAAAGGAGGAGGUAGAGAAAGGGAGGGAAAGAAGGAAAGGAAAAGCCCAGUGCCAUCUCAUCUUACGCCGCUUUCUCUUGAUUUUACUCUUGUUCCCUGAUCUGUCCUGUGAGACCCUGAACCCCCGCUCCCCCCCUUUUCUGCGUACCUGCUCUGCUCGCACUGUUUCACCACAGACACCCUCUACCUAUCUGUCUGUCUGUCUGUCUGUCUUUCGCUGUCUGUCUGCCUGCCUCUUUGUCUGUCUGUGCUGAUGUCUGUCUUUGUUCGGAUGCCUCGUCAUCCUCUUUAUCUUUCCCAAACCUGGCUCCACUCUCAAGUGCUGUCACAAGUGGAAAAAAAUGAAAGUCUUAAAAGAUAAGCUCACAGUUCAUCGCAGUACGUCAGGGGUCAUGCCGUGUCACAUAGCUCCAUCCUAGCUACAGCACUUAACAGUCCUAGCACAUCAUCAUGCAAAAAUUAGCAAGAAAAAAAAAGUAGAAAGCCCUUCUUGCCCCCGCAGGUCAGCCACCACAGCUGCAGACAUUGUUCUGUGCAGAAAAUAAGUUUGACGUGUGGGCGGGUGUGGCAUUUUCAUUGGCCUGCUUGUUUUUGUUUCUUUCUUUAAUUUUGCUGCGUGAACUUGGCCAGACUGGAAACACAGUGUAGAAUCUCAGUCUAUCAGAAUUAAGCUUGAAUAUUUUUAACUUGUGUACAUUCCUCUAACCUCUGACCCACCAAUCAGCCGAUUAUCAGUCUUAACAGAGAGGUUUUUAAUGUAUUUAUAGAUUGACACACAUCUCACCAUUGUGCGCUCGAGCAGGCGCCCUCGUGUUCAGCGCUGCAUCGCGGGUAUCGUCGUGAAACUGGAAUCGUAGCCUAACUGAAGAGCACCUCCUGUCGUUGCCUUCCCUGGGCGUGUCGGAUACAGGAGGGAUCAGGGACAAGUUAGGGGACAUUAUCAGUCCAUCUCUUGCAGCCAUGCUGAAUGCAUCACCUCAGUGGGUGUGCAGUGUGUGCACCCUCAUUCCUGUUUCUUACAGUCUGAAUGCCUUCAGUCCAGAGAGAAUCACAAAGUUAUGGUGAUCAAUUUUUUGAGAAAGGAGACAGGUCAAGUCCUUCCCCCCUUUUUUGCUACCAAAUCACUGCAAAGAAAACACAUUUCAUGAAAAGAGAAGGCCAAGCACAACUCUAUAUUGUGAUUUUUUUUUAUUUUAAAUUCAUUCCACUGUUUUUGUGAAUGACCAUUCCAGUCUUUAUUUUCCAUUUAAUGUGAGAGAAACUUUUGAAUCCUUGGCUGUGGUAAAUGUUGUUCUCAUGCUGUUCUUCCUUUGCCUUUCUUGUUAUUGUAAGAUGGUUAUUUUCCAAAAAAAAAAAAAAAAAGAAGUGUAUUAAAUAAAUAAAUAAACCAGCAACUCAAUUUAUGAACCGAGGCAGAAGUGUUUAUCUAGACGUGUGCAGUCGCAGUAUUAGAUCAGUUGUGGGAUUAACCAGCCUGCAGUUUCAGGUCAGAACAGUGCCAGCAGCUUGAUUGAGAAAUGCUAGCACGUUCAAACCUGUUUUCCGAUUAGUGGCUCUCUCUUAAGCUGUUUAAUAUUCUGGAACUUCUAAGAAAGAGCAUUGACACAUAAAUAUACAUGAAAUGAGAGAUUAUUUUAUGCUCUGGUCCUUAAACAUUCAUAAAGCCUGGCCUGUCGUCAGUGUGCGGGGGCCAAGCACUGAUGCAAGACAGGAAGUUGUGUUUUUGUCCAUCUGGCUGGUGAAUCCCAAAACUGUAUUUGACCAGCUAAAAUUUUGGUCAUUGGUGGUCACUAAGAUUUAAAGAUGGUUGGUUCAUAAACACAAAAUCAAGCAUUUAAGUUGCUGGCUGUGACACAGAAAUGCUGUAUCAUUCCUUCACUCUGGAUACUGGAAUUCUGUGAGGACCUUUAUAUGAUUUAAAAAAUAAUACUGGACCAUUUCUCAGUGGUGUAAAUAAUCUCAUUGGCCCCUGACCACGCACAUCUCUCCCCAACCUUUUCUCGCCGUUUCAUUCUCUUGUGAUGCACUGCGACUGUCACAGACAUGAGCGAUCUGGGCGGUCAGUUUUAAGGUGGGGUCGGGGGGGGCGAUUAAUGUUCAGCUUUAUGAAAAGAAACAAGGCUCUCACUAUGUAGCUAGAUGACAUUGUACAAUUGUAUAUGUAUCAUAAAGGUGAGUUAGGGAAAAUGUUUUUACAGGUCAUGGUGCUCUGGGGAGUGGCUUGCCUGCAGAUUAAAGUGAUUCAUAUCUUUUUUCUUGUGAAUGUGGCUGAGGGGAAGUAAUGUGACUUUAACAGUUCACUCACGGAAAAAAAACAUUUUGGUGCAAGUUGAUGUUGAACAUUAAUAAAAUUUUGCAACUUUCUAAUGUGAUGAAUUGUGGAAGUGCUGAUAGAAAUCAUUAAAAAAAACUUAAACUGGUUUAUAGGUUGCCAAACAAAAUGAACUCACUGUAUGUACGCCUGUAUUUUGCAUUAACCUCUACUUGACAACAGGACAAGUUUAUUUGCAAAACAGAUGCUAGGUGGGAAAGCUGUUUUAGAGCUCACGGUUGUGUUUCUCUUCGAGUUGGGGGUUUGGCUUGACGUGAAAUGAUUGUUGUUCCUGGCUCAGGAUGAUGUUUGCUCAAAUUUAAUUUAAAAACAAAGCUACUCACACUGGUAGCCCGCGUUAUUCUGCGGAUAAGAGCAUAUCCAAACUUCCUUUUUCCUUGAGGGCGUUGAUUGUGACAGUGGAUGAAAUGAAACAUGUGGCCAAGGACGGGCCAGUGUUGUGUAAGUGUGGCUCAGGAUGGAUUCGUUAAGUCAAAUUUGAGUGUGUGGUGAUGUAAGUGUGCGAGGCUGGAGAGGGGGGAGGGGGUCGACAGAGGGCGGUGAUCUGAUGCUCUCAAUCUCCCAGGCUGUGAGGCAGGGCAAGUUUGUUUGUCUGACCUGGAUAUUAGUCAGGAGUUAACCUCUUUUGCCAAAUACCGCUCUUCUGCUCUGGCAUCACUCAUCUCCUGAAUCGUAACUUCAUAUCAUAACCCUGUUUCCAUUUAGUUUCUGUCUAGUAUCCUGUCCGCCCGUCUGCUGAGAUCCCUCUUUCCUUCAGCCUUCAUUGUCGGCUCCUGCGCUUCUGAUGAAUCAUUCCCUGCUUCUAUGAUACUGGUUAUAUACUGUAGAUUUUGCAGAGUGAAAUCAUGUAAUCCACAAUCGGGUUUAGUAUUCAGACCGGUUUUGUGCAUUCCAUCUUAAUUGUUUUGUUUUUUUGUAUAAUUUUGUUAUUUUUUAAAUAAAAAAAUAAAUAUACCAUAUGCACAUUGACAUACACCUGUAUUCAAAGCUCAUUCUGAUUACCUACUCAGAAUUAAGGACCUGAUAUCAUCUCCUGUUGCCCUGUUACAGCACUUCAAACUGUACUUAUGAUUCUGCAGAUUCAAUAAAAUGUCAUUUUUUUCUCAGA